UCACCCUCGCGCUAUGUAUAUAUAUAUAUACAGUGGAACCUCGCUUAACGACCACCCCUAAGUAACGGCCGUCUAUCAUAUAACGGCCAAAUGUCCAGGUCCGGAUGCAAACUACACUUACUUGCCUGUUAAGGCAACCCCUGAAGAACGACCACCUCUCUAUUGCGUAUAACGAGCAUUCAAAAUGUCCCCAACACAGCAUAAAGCAUUGAGAAAAACUUCUCUUUAACGGCCAUGUGGCCACACCCACAAUUAAUUGUUAGCACGUGCACACCCAUUACUAUUACAAUUUAUUAUAAUAAUUUAUUAUUCUACAACUACAAAUACAAUUUAGUACAAGUGUUGCUAAUCAAAGCACCCCGUCACAAUUUAGGUUGCUAAAGAUAGUCUUGAGCUUAUCUAUGUAAGGCUUUGGUCCAUAAAAUUUAUAUGUGCAUGGAAUUUCAAGUCCAUAGCCUGCACCUCUGUUCACUUUAGAACCAGUUACUUCAGCCACUCCACUGUUUCUGGGUCUGCUUAGGAAAGCAGACACUGUAGGAGCGAGAUUGUAAGGUAUGUGGCCAACAAUCAAGCCAUUUUUUUCCACUGCAACACUGAAACGAUCAUGAGGAUUGUCUGGCUCUUUCUUUAGCUGUAUUUGUUCUCCAACAAAUGGUUCCCACAUGUGCAUGUAUGCAUGAUAACCCCUGAUGUAAGACUGCACAGAGAAUUCUGACAUGGUGCUGCUGCUAGCACUAGUGGCCAUACUGGAUCACGUGUAAUGAAUUUUUAAUUAGUUAUUUUAAUUACAUGUAAUUAUUUAAAGAGUAGAUAAUCUAUCUGCUCUUGGUUAUUUUAAUUUUUAAAUCUCUUAUGCAGCUGCGUGGUCUAUGAUGUCUUGUUUUACUGGUGUUGUUUCUAGUUCUACCUCUGUUUCUACUGCUAAGUCUAAGGCAGCCAAAGUAUCAAGACAUGCUCUAACUUUGAAGGAGAAAUUCCAAGUCAUACAGAUGGCUAAGAAGAAUCCUGGAAUCAGUGGUAGAGCACUAGCCACAAAGUUUUCAUGUGGUAAAACUCAAAUAACCAGUAUACUUAAGAACAAGGAUACUAUAGUUGAGCUGUAUGAAGCUAACAUGACCAGUAAAAGUCUUUUGAGCAGAAAGAGAUGUCGAGAGUCAGAAUUUGCUCCUAUUAAUGAAGCUCUCCAUAGAUGGUAUCUACUGGCAACAUCUCGCAAUAUUUAUCCUAGUGGCCCACAGCUCUGUGAAAAGGCUAAGCAAAUUGCAGAGCAGCUAAGUGUAGUUGAUUUUAAAGCUUCUAAUGGCUGGCUAGCAAGAUGGAAGGAGAAAAAUAAUGUAAAGCAAGUAAGAAUCUGUGGUGAAUCAGGGGAGGUUUGCGGUGAAACAGUUCAAUCUUGGAAAGAACGUCUUCCAGAGCUUUUGCAAGGUUUUUCAUCAAAGAACAUUUACAAUCUGGAUGAGACUGGAUUUUUUUGGCGUGGUUUGCCUGAGACAGGAUUUGGAAUUAAAGGAAGUGCUUGCCAUGGCGGAAAGAAGUCAAAGCAGAGGUUCACAGUUGUCGCCAUAGUAAAUGCUGAUGGGGAAAAGGAGCUACCAGUUGUCAUAUGGAAGUCUCAGAAUCCAAGAUGUUUUAAAGGCGUCGACAUUUCUACUCUUCCUGUUCGUUACUAUAGUCAGUCAAAGGCAUGGAUGACUGGUGAAAUAUUAGAUGCUAUCUUAACCAAGCUGAAUCGAAAAUUCUCUUCACAAUCGAGGAAUAUUGCACUUCUUCUAGACAAUGCUGGGUGUCAUCCUCAUGAGCUAAAAGGAAAAUAUAGUCACAUUAAAUUGAUUUUUUUACCUCCAAAUACUACAUCUAAAUUACAACCAUUAGAUGUAGGUAUCAUUCAAAAUUUUAAAGUGCACUACAAAACCCUUCUAUUGCGCUAUGUAUUGUCAAAAAUUGAUCAAACGACAUUUACUGGAGCUGAAAUCGUGAAGACUAUAAAUAUCCUCAAAGCAAUCAGGUGGGUGGCACAAGCUUGGGAUUCAGUGAAACAGGAAACUAUUGUUAAAUGCUUCAAGAAAUGUGGUAUUUUAUCUGCUGAGUCUGUCAUUGUAGCUCGUGCUGGAGUGCUAGAAGAUCCCUUUGCAAUUAUAGAUGAAGAAGACCACUUUAAUGAUGAAAGCCAUGAUGAAUUAACAAGUCUUGUCAAUGAGGUUAAUAUCGGUCUUACAUGCUCUUCAGAAGAGUAUUUAGCUGGUGACGAUUUGCAGGUUUGUAAUGAUGCUGGGGAGGAUUGGGAAGAACAGUUUAUGGCUGAACUUACACUAAAUCAAGUUGAAGAGACACAGGAGGAUGGCGAAGAUGAUGAGUCCUUUGAUCUGCAACCUCCUGCUUUAAAAUACAGGACUUAUCAAGAAGCUAUACUUGCUUUAGAAGAUGUUCAAGCAUUUUUAGAUAGCAAAGGACAUAAUGAUUUAUCAACAACAGUGGGAGCACAAAUAGAUUCCCUGACUAGCUUACAUUAUGCUAACAUGAGUUCUGCCAGGCAAACAACACUAGAAGAGUACUUUAAGUAACAUUUAUGGCAUCAUAAU